UAUAAAAACACCAAAUAUUGAUCAGCUCAGUGCUGAAGGGGCUAAGCUGACCCAUCACACAUCGCCAGCAGUGUUCUGUACUCCGAGCAGAGCAGCUUUUCUGACGGGAAGAUAUGCAGUCAGGAGUGGCUUGACUAGUGUACCCAGGUCCCCACCUGUAAUAGUUUACGCAUCUGGUACAGCAGGACUACCCAGGACAUGGAUUUGAUUAUUUUUUUGGACUUCCCUUUACUCGAGUUGGAUCUUUUGGCACUCAAGAUGGGUAA